UCCUCCUGGCCGCAGGCGUCCUUCUAUUCUACCGUGCCACCGAUCGUGGAAAGGUUUCCUAAUACUGCAUCCUUCUCUACUACUCGGCAGAGCGAUCUUCCCACCGACUCCGAGUUACCUAAUUCUUUUGCUUCCUCGCCUUGAGCACCGGCUCGCAGAACUCACACCUCGAAUCCGGGGACUGCGUUUGUGACGCGGUCGCAGUGUCCAUAUUUCCCAUUAUGGCCGCCCUUGUACAAGGUUACCCCCAAUCGGGCACAGUCACGGUGCUCCAGACACGACCAUCAUCAGCCUCGGGAAUGUUGCAGUCGGUCCCUGUCCAGUCGACAACACAAUUCAAACCUGGAGGCUCGCACAGGAACAGCAUCCACGGUCUGCCAACCACAGCCACUGCGCCUGUCGUGUAUCGCGGCGGCUCCGGCCUUGUCCAACAACAAUAUACUUUCAGAAACAUUCCUAGUUCAAAUCAGACAGCGCAAUGGCAGCAAUCCCGGACCCAGCGAACAUCAUCGUCGCCCGCAGUCCCGACCAUGCGGAGCCUCGACUACCUGCAACCCGCUGUGCCUCAUUCCCGGUACCCAGCAAGCAUGUCGAUGACCAACCUGCCCAGCACCGCAAAUCCGGGCAUGCACCUGGGCGUUGGUACCCGCGAUGACUCUUCGCUGCCGGUGCCUGGCACCAAGAAGACCGCAACGUCGUUCCGCCCUCCGCAGUCUAACAAUGGCACAUCCUCGCACUCGUCGCUUGCGCCCUCCGCACCAAUUCGUUCCCCCCCCGAGAGGUACCGGCGCUCAGCCCUGCGUACCGAUUCGGCCGGGGCGCCGAGCCCGUCAACAACUGGUUCCCAUCUUCGACCUUUGCAUUCGGCCAUGUUGAACAGGCCCAACAGCUUUGUUGGCUCGUCGUCUAAUUCGGCUAUUGAUGACAUUGAAUUUGCUCAAGCAUCGGAGGGAGUUAAACGAGUUCGCAGGCGCAGUAUGCCUACGUUGGAUUCUCCCGGUUUCCCCAUCCACCUGACCCCGCACAACCUGAAGCAACCGGCAGAACCGAGGAGCCCAAGGAGCGCUGAUAAGGAUGGCAAGGUUGUCAAAAUUGGAAAUCACACGGUCCCGGACAAAACCAGUAACGAUGAGCAGACUGGGAGCGGCCGAAGCGCUGGGGCAAAAGUGCGCCCCUCUUCUUCCGGCAACCGCGGCGGCAAUCCGCCUAACCCCACCGCCAACCCCACCAUGCCUCCUUCUGAGGAAGCUGUUGUUGUCCAGGGUUCUUCCCGGAGCGUUAAUGUCCCGCCACGAAGCUCAUCGAGUGAUGGUUCGAACCCCCAACAGUCUCCAAGCCCGUUGCCGCGCGCGACGCCGGUGACCAUGGAAUCGGAGGGAGAGAGCCGUCAAGCCACGGAUGCCGCUGACUCGGCGACUCAGGAAGCGGUGUUCACGCCUCGCUUCGGGAGCCCCGCUGUCAGGCAGCUGACGGAGAUAAACGAAAGGCGAGGCAAGCCUAAGAGUAAGACAUCGCGGCUUCGCCGUGCAUUCUCGUUUGGCAGCGCUGCCGAGCUUAGGAAGGCUGCGCAUGACAGCGACACCGCGGACAGUGGCACCGGCAAGCUUCACAAGGACCGGAAACCAGACGAAGCCUACGACGAGGAGCAGGCUCGGAUUGCUAAGCAACAAGAGGCUGCUGGAAUCGGUAACAACAUCUACUCGGGUGGACGCUUCUUUCACGGGUCAACAGAUAAUCUCUCCAUCUCGUCCACUGCAUCCUCAGCUUCGAUUAUGAUUCGGAAGAUGGGCCGUGGCAUGAAGAAGGGGACCCGGUCGCUUGUUGGUCUUUUCCGCCCCAAGUCGAUUGUUGGCACGUCGGCCGCGGAGGCGGGUCCCGCCGAAACCACCCAGGCUGAGGUUUCUAUGGUCACCGUGGAGGCUGAGCGGGAGCGGAUCAACGUGAACCCCGAUCCUAAGGCACAAGGGGGCGGUACCGGCUUUCCUCGCCUAGAGCGUAACUCGAUCGACGCAGCGAAGGUGCCAGCGCUUGAGCCUGAGCGCCUGGGGAGUUCGGGAACAACCGACAGCACCGCGGCACGGAAGAGCUUUGUCGGUGGUGAGAAGGAGAGAGCCGAGGUUUUGGCUGCUGUUCGGAAGGGGAUCCUGAAAAACCGCAGUGGCUCUUCCAGCCCAUCACAUAGGCCCUCGGAGACUAAGGGCUCCGCAUUUGAUCCACCCGGCGUCCCCUCCUCCACCGAUUCUCCCAGCUCCAGCGCGCCCAGCACCCCUAACGAGGAGUCGCAGGCACACAGACGGGCCGGGACGGUUACGAUUGGCAGCGAAGACUAUUUUGUUUCGGCUCUCAGACUCCGCCAGGAUUCUAACAAGAGCUCGCCUGGAACUCCCCAAGGGACGAAGCGCAGCGCGACAUUCAGCCCGCGUAUUGUCUUCUUUGAGACGUGGCCGAGCCAGGAGUACGACCGUCGCGGCGAGAUUGCUACGUGCAAUCGCCUGACGCCGAUGCUGGCUCAGCAGAUCAAGGAGGAACUGAACACCUUCAAGAUGGAGAUGGAGGUUCACGAGAACUCGAAGAUCUAUACGCACUUUUUCUAAUGAUGCAGACAAAUUUGGCCUCGACGUACACCCCUCGGCUCGUCUCUUUUCCUUCUUCAUCCUUCGAUACAGGGCCGGCGGCGGCAUCGCGUCGUGUGUAUUU